GCGAAAGCCUGUCAGCUGGCGAUACUGCAAUCAAGAUGGCGGCGGGGCCGGAGAGCGGGUGAGCGGGGGCGCCUUCGCUCCCUGGCACAGGACGGCAGGAAGCGCCGGGAUGGGUCGAGGAGGAGCGCCGGGUUUCUUUCGGUUUCCCUGAAGCGGCGGGGGCUGAGGUGUGCUGGCCAUGGCGGGCAUCAUCAAGAAGCAGAUCCUGAAGCACCUCUCCAGGUUCACCAAAAACCUGUCACCUGACAAAAUCAACUUGAGCACACUAAAAGGUGAAGGUCAGCUAACCAAUUUAGAGCUUGAUGAAGAAGUGCUUCAGAAUAUGCUGGAUCUUCCCACCUGGCUUGCCAUCAACAAAGUAUUUUGCAAUAAAGCAUCUAUUAGGAUACCAUGGACAAAAUUGAAAACACAUCCAAUCUGUUUGUCACUGGAUAAAGUAAUAAUGGAAAUGAGUACAUGUGAAGAACCACGCCAUCCUAAUGGACCAUCGCCCAUAGCAACUGCAUCAGGACAAAGUGGAUAUGGUUUUGCUGAAAAAGUUGUAGAAGGAAUAUCUGUUUCUGUAAACUCCAUUAUAAUCCGAAUUGGAGCAAAAGCAUUCAAUGCAUCAUUUGAACUCUCCCAGUUGAGAAUAUAUAGUGUAAAUGCAAACUGGGAACAUGGUGAUCUAAGGUUUACUCGAUUACAAGAAUCUCAGCGUGGAGAGGUACUGACAUUUAAAGAAAUCACCUGGCAGAUGAUCAGAAUAGAAGCAGAUGCUAUCCAAAGCUCUCAGCAUGAAAUCAUGAGUGCUCCAGUUCGCCUGAUUACUAACCAGUCCAAAAUCCGGGUCACACUUAAAAGAAGGUUAAAGGAUUGCAAUGUGGUGUCAUCUAAACUGAUUCUAUUACUAGAUGACUUGCUGUGGGUUCUGACUGAUUCCCAGUUGAAAGCUAUGGUCCAAUACGCUAAGUCUCUUAGUGAAGCUAUUGAAAAAUCAGCUGAGCAGAGACAAAGUCUAGCUUCUGAACCCACACAGAGUUCUGCUCCUGCAUCCAGUUCUCAGCAGGUGAAAACACAGCAGUCCUCAGCCACUAGUGAUCAAAACGCUGCAAUUGUGAAAUUAUUCAAUGAUUUUGAUGUUAAGGAAACUUCUUAUCAUCUAGCAAUUUCCCACUUGGACCUGCAUAUCUGUGAUGAUAUUCACGCUAAGGAAAAGGAUGCAAACAGGCAUGUUUCAGGAGGUGCUAUGCAGCUUUCCUUUAGUCAACUAAGUGUAGACUACUACCCUUUUCACAAAGCAGAUGAGAGCUGCAGCCAUUGGAUGCAUUUUAGCGAUGCUACCAAAGCCAGAAGUGGAUGGGCAGAAGAAUUAUUAAACGAUUUCAAAGGCAAUGUUGAAUUGCUUAAGCAGGUUAUGAAGGAUCAUAAUAUAGAUUCUCCCAGUAAAUCCCUACCCCAGGGGUCUCCACAGCUCAUACAAACAGGCAAGGAACAGAUACCUAAAGGAAUCUCUAAGCCUCCCCCUGUGUCAUCACAGCAACCAAAGGAUAAACUGAUGUCCAGCCCUGUGGUAGUUAGACUUGCAGAUAUUAAUAUUUAUCAGGUUUCUACAGCUGACCAGUGUCGUAGUUCUCCUAAAACGCUUAUUUCAUGCAAUAAAAAGUCUUUGUACCUUCCAUCAGAAAUGCCAGCCAUUCAUAUUGAAUUCACUGAGUACUACUAUCCGGAUGGAAAAGAUUUCCCUAUUCCAAGUCCAAACCUUUACAUUCAGCUAAACGCCCUGCAAUUCACAAUGGAUGAGAGGAGUGUUCUUUGGCUUAACCAGUUUGUGUUGGACUUGAAACAAAGUCUCAGCCAAUUCAUGGCCAUAUACAAGUUAAAUGACAAUUCAAAGCCGGAAGAACAUGUUGACAUUCGAGUUGAUGGGUUAAUGAUAAAGUUCAUCAUACCUUCUGAAAGGAAACAAAACCAUAAGGAUGAUCCACAUGCAAUUUCUAUUCAGAGUUCUGAAAUGAUUUGUACAAACACAAGGCACUCACCAAACUGUAGGCACUCCGAUUUGGAAGCAGUGUUCCAAAACUUCAAAGACUGUGAAUUUUUCAGUAGAAAAUUCACAGGCUUUCCAAAAUCCCCUGACUGUUUUAAUCUUCUGCAUCCAAUUUUCCAGCGACAUGCCCAUGAACAAGAUACUAAGAUGCAUGAUGUCUAUAAAGGUUUUAUCACUCCCCAGCUGAAUAAAUCUGCACUUAAAACAUCUGCUGCUUCUGAUGUCUGGGCAAUUCAUUUUUCCCAGUUUUGGAUGGACUAUGAAGGAAUGAAGAGUGGAAAAGGACGGCCAGUGAGCUUUGUGGAGUCAUUUCCACUUACACUCUGGGUUUGUCAGCCCACAAGAUUUGAGCAAUUGCAUAAAGAGCCCUCUAAUCAGAAGCCCCACACCUCAAAACCUGACUCUUGUGACCUUGCAAACCGACUGCAGCGCAAAAAGCUUCUGAAAGAGUAUUACAGCACUGAGACUGCAGCCUUGGCCAAUGGUAUUGAAAACCUGUGCACUAUGAGAUCCCAAUCAACACAUUUUAUAUCUGACGCUGAUAUUCAUGUUCUUGUUCACAUCCAAAAACAUGUCAGCAUGCAAAUCAAUCAUUACCAGUAUCUUUUCUUACUCUACCUCCAAGAAUCUCUUGUGUUGCUCCUGGAUAACUUAAGAAAAGAUGUAGAGACUGUGACAGGCAAACCUGCAAAACAGGCAGAUGUCUGCAUUGGGAUCUUACUGAAAAGUGCAGACAUAGCUCUGUUGCUUCAUCCACUGAUGCAAGGAAGCACCUGCAGGUCUCCUGUUUUAAAAGGAGGAAGUCCAGUGGCAUCAGACCUUUCACCCCUGGAGAAUGGAGAAGCAUAUGCAUCGGAGAGCAAGCUAGUUCCUACUAAUGCUGCACAGAUAAGCAGUUCAGAUAUGAAUGCUGUAACUGACAGUAGGUCUGUGAAUGCUGAUUUUAGCAAAGCCAUUCUGACAGACCCUCUUUUGAAAUCAGAUAGUGAUUCGCGAAGGGGAAGUACAAUUUCUGACGAUGCCUCAGAAAAACUCUGGGGGAAAAUAAAUGAAGAAAAUAGUGGGCUUUUCAGUCGAAGUGAUUCAGAAGAGAUUUGUGAGUCGCUUAGUGACAAGAGUAAUACAUAUCCCAGGGAUUUGGUUAAUGUUUUGAAUUGCAGAGAAGAUUCUCUUGAGAUGUUGAUGGAGAAGGAGGAUGACAAAAGUGUGUUUUCAAAUAAGGAAAGUGGAGCAGGAGGUUCACCUCUUAAAGUCAGAGACUUUGAAUCUGAUGCUGCUUGGCAGUCUGAAGAGCUUGAAAGUGACAAAGAAAAGUUGGCUACAACCAAAACACUUGCAUUUCAGUCUUCAUUAAGUGGAAAGCCUAAGGAACGCUGCCAGUCCAAUCUCCCUGCAUUCUCUGUUUCUUAUAAGAACAUGAAGAAAAGUCCAUCACAAGCCUCUUUGGAUACCAUGUCUAUUGAUAGCAUGUUGUUGGAGGAACAGUAUUUAGAGAGUGAUGCAAGUGAUAGCCACAGCUUUUUGGAGAAAGCUAUCUUGUCAAAUAAACCGUUGGAAAACAUUCCUGAUGAAAAUACAGUGAUGGAAAACUAUGGCGGAUCAUCUCCGGAUGUUCUCAGCGCAGCUUCAGAGAGUGCUCAAGAUGCUAGUGAAGAAGAAAUGAUGUCAGUUGUGGUUUUUAAAAUAUUUGGUGUUAAUGGUGAAAUUGACAUAAGAGGUAAUGACACAGAUGUAUGCCUUCAGGUAAACCAGGUUGUACCAAAUCAGUUGGGCAAUAUCAGUGUUCGACAUUACCUUUGCAACCGAACAGCAGGUUCAGAUCCUAAGACUGUGACUGGGCCAGUUAAAUCAACUCCUGAAAUCAGACUGAGAUGGGAAAGUGGACCCAGUGCUAUAAUACAUUCAUUGCUAUCAGAAAAAAAUGGGUUUCUACAAUGUCAUGUGGAAGACUUGAGUGCUGAUUUCCUAAUGUCUUCACUUAUGAACAUUCAGCGUUUUCUGGAAGAUGAAAUGGUUGCAGAAGUGAUGCCUAUGAAUAUAAAAAUUUCUAAUACAAGGAUCAACUUAAAAGAUGACAGCCCACGUGACAGUCUAACUGCUCCUGAACCAGCCCCUGUAACACUGAAUAUUGACCUGCUUAUGGUGGAGAGGAAAGAUGAUGGUUCAUUUUGCAUCAGAGAUAACCGAACACCUAGCAGUGAUGUUCCAAAGACUAAGACAAGUAAUGAUGCAAGAGAACAAAUUGCUGAAGUUGAUGCGCACAAAAAACAGAAAUGUCUGUCUCAAGCUACACAAACAUCUCCAGAAAUUAGCAGGUCUCUUAAACCUUUUAGGAAUUUAUCUGAUUCGAUCAAGGAGCAGCUGAUUGAAGAAAAUGAAUGUCUUAAACAAGAACUAGCCAAAGCUAAGACAGCUCUUGCUGAAGCUCACUUGGAAAAGGACACCCUGCUUCAUCAAAUGAAAAUGAAUACUGAAAAUAAAUGAUGGAAGACUCUAUAAUUUUGCACUGGAACAAAAAAAGGGAUACAUUUUAGACUGUUUUUGGAACCUGAGCCCUGAACAAAAUUUCUGCAGAAUAAUCAGUUAUGUCAACAUCUUCAAAGAAUUAGGAUGUACUUCUCUUUAGCCUGAAUUUAAGAUGCAGUGAUGCAGGGAAAAUCAAUUUCUAUUAUAUGUUACUAAUUUGUUUUAAUAGGUGGUGGCAUGAAUAAAAUGUACCAUGUGUCAUUGUUAGGCUAUCUUCAUUUGUGAAGAUAAAGUUCUGUUACUGGUAGAAAAAAGUACUAUUCAAGAGAGAUUAAAUUUGCACUAUUAACUGUAGGGCACAACAUGGUCCAACGUAGCUAAUUAAUACUGAUGUAAUCAUCCAGAGACUGGGCCCAACACCAACCAAACUUGCCUGGGAAUGAGCACCCCCUUUAUGCCUGCAUUCUCAGCUGUGUUAAUGCAUUGAAACACUCUUGGAAAGGUGUGACCCUAGAAAAUGAGGAAACACUCCAACUGUGCUGGAACCAUGCUAAUGUGUGGUUUCUUUUUAUCCAGUAUUUGUGACCAUUGUACAGUGAAGUAUAUUGGAAUGGUGCUUGGUCAGCUGAUCUGUCACUAAUUAAUUAUUAGACCAGGGCUUUUCGGAGAUGAUCACUUGUCAUUUGUAGGAACGUUCCUUACUUAAACCUUUUAACAGAUUGGGUUUGUUAUUUUGUGUAAAAAUGUAAUCUAACUGUAUAUUAAUGCACUUGGGAGGGGGAAUCAAAUAACUGCCCUCUUGGACUUGUGAAAUUCCAUUAAAAAUGUAAAACUGCAUUAUAAAUUAUGGGCUACUUGUAAAAAAUUAAAUUCUAGUUUUCAGCUGAAAACUGUUGCAAAUAUAUAAAUAAAAAGCACAGAUUUCUGCA